UAAAAUCAUUUCAAAUUUUACUUACGACAGAGUUUCUUGAGAAAUUGGACAGUGUAGAGAGGCCUUCACCAUGCAAAUACAGCCAAGCUUCGCACCAUUGCCAUCCAGCAUAUUUCACCACCCCCCGCACGGUCACUCUGGCGCGGCGUUUUGGCGCAUUUUGUGGUGGUGUUUGUGUUUUUGUGGGAAAAUAAAGUAAAAUUCGCAAUGUCGACGCUGGAGCUGUGCGAAAAGUACUUUGGGACGCGCGAUGUGUACCAGCUGAUGGGCCUGGCCAAGGGCGCCGCCGAGAAGGAGGUGAAGAAGGCCUACCACAAGCUCUCGCUGCUCGUCCACCCCGACCGAGUGCCGGAGGAGCAGAAGGAGGAGUCGACGGAGAAGUUCAAGGUGCUGUCCAAGCUCUACCAGGUGCUGACCGACAGCCAGAAGCGGGCCCUGUACGACGAGCAGGGCGUGAUCGACGACGACGACGAGGGGGAGUCCAAGCUGUCGUCGUGGCUGGACCUCUGGAGCAAGAUCUUCAAGCCCAUCACCGAGGAGGAGAUCAACAACUAUGAGAAGGAGUAUGUGGACUCGGAGCUGGAGCGCACGGACUUGAAGAAGGCGUAUCUGGGCGGCAAGGGGUGCAUUAACUACCUGAUGAACCAUGUGCCCUUCAUGAAGGUGGAGGACGAGCCGCGCAUCCAGAAGAUCGUCCAGGACAUGAUUGCCAGCGGCGAGGUGCCCGAGUACAAGAUCUUCACCGAGGAGCCGGCCGCCAAGCGCAAGAAGCGCCACCAGAAGUAUGCGCGCGAGUUCAAGGAGGCCAAGGUCAUCAAGGAGCGCCUCAAGCGUCGCCAGAAGGAGAAGGACGACCAGGAUCUGGCCGACAACGGUGGGGAUCUGCAGCAAAUGAUCCUGGCGCGUCGCAACCAGCGCGAGUCCAACUUCGGCUCCCUGAUGGACCGCCUGAUGGAGAAGUACGGCAACGAGGACGACUCGGACACCGUCGACUUCAGCGCCUUCGAGAAGAAGAAAAAGAAGACCAAGAAGCCCGCCAAGCAGGAGACCAAACAGAAGCUCAACGGAGUCAAGACUGGCAGGGUGGAGAAGGGCAAGAACUAGGCGCCCCUUCCUCACCGCAUCGUACUCUCUUAAAUAUAAUAUCCUAAUCUUACGCCCUAGCUUAGUCUUAGUUACUCAUACUAUUAUCCGUGUACGUAUACUUUUUAUACUUUCGUAAAUUCGUACCAAAUUGGAAUUACAAAAUUUUGUUUUGAGCGAUACAAAAAACGUCUGUUUUUGUGAUCAACAAGUUCAGGGAAUUAAUGAAAAUAUUUUGUGUGUCUACAGUCCCUUGGUUCGCAUGUAAAUCAAAAUAAAAGAUGCUCAUGUUAUUACUGCGCAA